AAUCACUAUCUUUUCCGUAAUUCGCUCCUUUCGCGCGUCCAGUACCCUAUACCCUGCGUUUAAUAGACUUCUUGCUAUCCCCUCCUUUCGUUUGAGAUCCGGUUUUUGGUUGAUGACCUGUACUUGGCGGUCUCGGGUAGCUGUGCAACAUUUUUUUCGUACACAACACCAUAACAAGUCGAAAUGGACUCGGAUGCGGAUGGAGUGAACGAUUUUUUACAGCGGAUCCGUGAGUUGGGUGACAAGCGGGACCGUGAGGAUGAGGAACGCGCUCGGAGGCUUGAACAAGAGAUUAUAGCAGGGCGAGAAGCGAGGCGUGCGCGGAGAGAUGGUGAGGCUCAUACCCUUGGGUGGAUUUUGAGCUCCGGAGGAUUUUUUACGGUCAUCCCCUAUUUCGAAAGACUGACUUAUGGCCAUUGCAGAACGUGCGAGAUCUCUAUCGCCUCAGAAGGAUUCACCGCUGGGCACACCGACGAGUAUUCAGUCGUUCUUACCGGAUUCACCUGGAUCGGAGCCUGCGGGCGAUGUCCGCACCCCCGGGAAUCGUGAGGAUAGUGUGAACGAAGCAAUGGAAAAGUUGGCGGGGGGUACGGAGGAAGGCGGUGAACCAGCAGUGAGGGAGCAAGGAAGGCGACCGGGUGGCCCUCUCUCAUGGCAGCGGAGACCUAAAUCCAACACGGUAUCAUCAUCCUAUCGACCGCCCUCUGGCCGACAAGCGCAGCAGCAGCUUGACAGCAGUGAUGAAGAGGUCGAGAAGCGACGUUCACAGAUUGCGUUGAAUUUAAGCUCCAAGGAUCCAUCUUGGUUCAGACAGACGGCGGACCGGGGCACUACGUCGGGCGCUUUGCGGAAGGUGCAGGAUGAGGGAAUGAAAGUUACUGGGAGGAUGGCAUUGCCGGGCAUGUCUACUGGUUUGACAAUUGGGAGAGAUGCAGACCUCGAGUCGGCAAAACAAUCCCUUUCUGCUCGCUCUUCGAAUGAGACCUUGAAACCAGCCAAUUUUCCUUCAUCGGGUUAUCGUGGUCGUAGCGAGUCUGUGCAUUCGACGGAUCGUAUUCCAUCUUCGACUUCGACUUCCGGCUUGUCAUCACAUUCUAGAAAUGCCUCUCUAUCAAACUCAACCUCUAUACGCUUUGAUCCUCCGGGGAGGGAGUCACUUUCAUCUACCGACGGGGUUAACCGGCCAAUUGCUAUGAGCCCGAGUCAAGGGCGGAUAUCGCCAGAACGUAGAGAGAGAACCCCCAGUCCUACAAAAGGUCUGGGGAGCUUUGUUCAGAGCGCAAUGCUAAAGAGAGAGGGCUCUAUAAAUAAGAGAUGGAGCAAUUCACAACAGCCCGGGGGUUUAUCGAGGAAUAAUAGCUCUGUGGGUUCAGGGUCCAUUGCUAGGCCGUCCUUCCCUCGAGCGCGCGACUCCGCUGCUGCUGACAACUCAAGAGAGUCUUCACCGGCAUUUGACGAUAUUUCUGGAAGCGGAGUAAAGGAGUCAAUAGAAGGGGAAGAUAGUGUGCAUGGCAUUGGCCGCCGAGGCUCUACUGCGGAGGGCUUAUCAUCAAGAUACCCCUUAACUGGUGAGGGUGGCUUGGAUCUAUCUUCGAAGCGUUCAGGGGAGAAUACACCUCCUUCUUCGCCUUCAAAAACCAACGACCAGAAGAGAUGGAGUCCAACAAAGUCCUCAUGGCUGGAAAGUGCAUUGAAGAAAGGUGCAGAGAGCCCACAAUUCUCACCACCCCCAAUGAAGCCAUUGGUAAAACCUUUUGAGAAGCCACCAUUAAGGCCUUUUGAGAAAAGGCUUCCAGAAACUGCUAGCACACCUAUUCGUCCCCCUACAAAUCCUAAGCCUCCCAAUCUUUCGCCAAAGCCCCUAGAAAACCCUCCUGACCUCACAUCGCCAAAGGCUGAUGUGGCUUCGGAUACCGGAGGUGCACCUUCAAUAAAGCCACCUGUUGCGGAUAAACCUGUCGUUUCUCCCAAGCCGUCGUUACAACCGCCAAUCAAUACUACGGCACCCAUUCUUGAGAAGCCGCCUCUCAAACCUAAGGAACCUCUUAAUCUACGUGCUGGACUGAAACCUCGGCCUGUGGUUGGGGGGAAUGACAAAGGUGAAGAGUUGCCUUUUUUGAAUGCGAUGUCAAGGUUACGUUCUGUAAAGACUCAGAAUUAUGCUGCGCCUAACGAACUGAAGGAGCGUAUUCUUGCGGGCAAGGCCAAUUUGCAUGCCUCAGGUGGCCCUCAGAAAAACAGAGGACCGGACCCUGUGAGAGAAACACUGCUCUCGGUCAAAGGAUCUCUUAGGCACUCCAAUAGCUCUCGUGUAGCACCUACAGUGCCUCCAGCUGAGACAAAACCUAAGUUACCAGAUCUUGCCAAGCAGGUGCCUUCACUGGCGAAACUCGGACCUGAACCGAAGGGGUCAGUCCUUGCCAACAGAUUCAAUUCGAACCUUGCCACUUUAUUACAGCGAGGCUCUCCAGGAGUGUCUCCCAGUAGGAGUCCGGAAGCCGCUCAGGGUGAGGGUAGAAGCGAGGUUGCAAGUAAUAUUGAGGCUCAGGGGAGUGGGAAAGCCCUCACACAUGUAGGUUUAUUUCUGGAGUAUUAUUUACACUAUUCUUGUGGAUAGUUUGUUAACUAUUAGCCUAGAUGACCAAAGGCAGAGCUCGGGGACCGAAGAGACGAGCACCGACUGUAAAGGAUGGAGCAGAUGCAAAACCAGGGGCGACCCGGGGUACGGUAAUAAACGAGGAAGUAAAGGAGGCAUGAUUGUAUUUUUAACGGAAAAAUGAUGGUAUGCCCGCCAAAAUAAAGAACACGACAGGGGGGAUAGAGUGCCUGUCAGCAGAGAGAUUAAAAAAACAGGAAAAACAAAAACAAAAGAGGAACUUGUUAUGUUGGGCAACUUUCUCGACCUGCGGAUGGGUAAAAGCUGGGUCCUUGCCAUUUCUCUCUCUCUCUUUUUUUUUUUUUUCACUCCUACAUUACUUAGAUAAAAUCAUAAUAUUAUGAUACCAUGCACAGAAUUCACACAGUAACAAACUCUAGCCUCCAGCUACCGCAAAACGAAACCACACGGACCGACCCCAUCACUGAAAGGGGCCCCCUGCAAAAAUAAGUAAGCCCGCCUCGAUGACUGCCUAACAAACACCUUUUCCGAGCAAACGAUCCAAUAAUUUGGAAUCACCGUGACAAUUAAGGUAACCCGAAUUUGAUUAUUUUUUUUUCCCCCUUCCCUACCAAUCGAACCAGAGGGGUGAGAAAUCCCGGGAGUAUGAUAUGAGAUUGCUGUACGGUAACGAUAAGGAUGGUGAAUUACGAGCUGAAUCGGGAGGCCUGCACUGCACUGCACUGCACUGCACUUGCACCUACCGGUACUGUAUAUCCCCCACCCGGGGAUGGAAUUACCGACCUUUUCUUUUGCCUUGAAUAAGAAUAAUAUAUAUAUAUAUAUAUAUGUGCGUGAUGAUGGAGUGGUUGGGAUAUAUCGUAGGUGUUUUGUAGGGUAUUAUUGUAAGCAACCUAAGGCGUUUUUAGGGGAUGCCUGCAUGGGGAUGAUGAUAUGAUGGGAAGGAAGGAAGGGAGGAAGGAAGGAAGGAAGGAGGAGCUUUCCGUCUUUAGCAGCCGGUUUGGCCGUGGAGUUAUUUUUUCUCUUCCAUGAUAUAUUCCUGUCGUUGAUUAUUUUGGGUGUUGUGUUGAACUUUUUUUUUUGUAUGGUCUUGGGAGUA